CAGAAAGCAUACCAGGAAAUAAAUGUGCGUUGUCAACAUGACUUAUUUUUGGAUCUAAAUUUUUUUCCUGACCGAAAUUGAAAGUGAAAAAGUGCCAAACAACGACAAGAAAAUGCCUUUCUUGCAAUUCUUAUUUAUGUUGACGUUAGUUGCAAAUAUGGGGGACACAGGUAAAGUGCUGAUCUUUCCGUACGCACUUCAGAAAACCUCUCGGUUGAUGAAUCUAGAAAAUAUCGCUGUCAUGAUCGCGGAUCAGGGAAAACAUCAGGUCACUGUAUUGCUUCCCUCUAACAUGAAGUCAGAAGAGAAAGUUGGCGUGAACUACGUCUACUGGUCUUCACCGGAUAAUUUGACAGUGGAUAUGAGCUCUCUUGACAAAAUUCAAGAAGUAGAGAAGUCGGUGAACUUGCUAAAGAUUGCUGAAGACUAUUGCACAGGACUUUUGCAGGGUGAACUUAUUCAUGAACUAAAGGUGCAACACUUUGAUUUAUUUAUAACAGACUACAUGGAACUCUGUGGCAGAUUCCUAAUUGAUUAUUUUCAUAUUCCAACUAUCCUAUACAGCAAUAAUGGUGUGGCUGCCUGCUGGGGAGAAGUUUAUGCAAAUAACUAUGCAUUUGUCCCCCAUAUGUUUUCCCACUUCACAGAAAAAAUGAGUUUAACUGAGAGGCUGAUCAAUGCACUUUGGUAUCUGAGUGUAAGUAGUAACUUUCUCAGUCGUGGCCAACAGCAUUUACUGUCUCUGAAAGAGAAGUACAACUUGGAUGUGCCAGUGGACCUGAAAAGGGCACAUGAGAGAGCUUCAAUAACAUUUGCAAAUACCCAUUUUGCACUUGACUACCCUCAGCUGUUUAUGCCGCACAUAAUCCCCAUUGCAAUUACAAGAAGAGCAAGACCACUUACAGAGCGACAAGAAAAUUUUAUGAAUUCUUCAGGAAACCGAGGAGUUAUUGUGGUGUCAUUCGGAUCUUUGGUAUCUACAAUGAAUGAGGAAAGAGCUCAGACAUUUGCAUCAGCUUUUUCAAAACUUGAGCAAAAUGUUCUGUGGCGCAACACAGGAGAGCAACUGCCAAAUUUAAGUACAAAUGUAGUGCAAUCCGACUGGCUGCCUCAGAAUGAUCUACUCGGUCACCCACAGACAAAAUUGUUCAUCACUCAUUGCGGGGCCUCGGGGAGCCUCGAGGCAGCAUAUCAUGGAGUGCCAGUCAUUGCCAUGCCCCUCCACAUGGAUCAGUUUCACUACGCAGAACUACUGGUCAAUCGGGCCAAAAUGGGGGUCAAGUUGGAUUUUCAGACGGUCACUGAGGAGCAGCUCCUUGAGGCUAUUAUGACAGUUAUCGGUGAUCCAUUUUACACAAAAAAUGCCCAAAGGAUAUCUCGGCUUAUGAAAGAUAGACCCAUGGGUGUGAAAGACACGGUGAAUUAUUGGGUUGACUAUGUUAUUUCACACAACGGGCCUAUGCACCUUCACUCCAUGGCAGCAUAUAGUUUAACUCAGUGGCAGUACCUAAUGCUAGAUGUGAUUGCGUUGGUAGCCGUUGUUGUGGUGAUUGUGGUAGUUGGGACAGGUGGUGUUAUAAAGUUGUGCUUUAAAAGGUGUAAAAGUUGCCUUCGUCAAUGGAGGCUCAUUUUUGAGCGAUUUAAGACAUGGCUCUCCAAGGGAGAAGACGGACUCAAAUUGUCCCUUUUUGAGCGAUUAAAGACAUUCCUGAUGCCAAGAAAAGAUUCAUUAGUUGUGUCCCCAGAGGAGGUAGAAAUAAAGAAAGAAAAUUAGUCUGAAAAGUGCAAUGAUGUAACGUUUAAUACAUUGGCCAUAUUUUUGUAAUGCUUAUCAGCUCUUACAAUGCCUCGAAGAGGAUAAGUAAGCAUAAGCUCUAUGGCAAUCAUUCUUAUUUAUGUUAAAAAAACUAUGAGGAACGAUGAAUCACUUGAGUGAAAACAUUGGGCAAAUUGCAAGACCAAAAUUUCCUUUUUAUGAAUCAUUUGAUGAUUGCUCUUCGCUUUGUUUUAUCAUCUACUAAUGCUUUUAUAUUUUUUUUAUUAUUUUAUUUUAUUUUUGCAACUGAAAGAAACUCAUUUCAAUCAAAUGUUUAUCAUUAAGCAUUUUAUAGUUUACUUUAUGCUUGU